UAUCCAUCUAUUUACGCUGUGCCCAUGACAUUCCCGUUUUAUGGAUUUUGCGAUGGAAUAUGGUAACUGAAUGGCCUGUGGUUCAUAUUAUGUAUGAAUGUGACCAAUUGCUGUCGAAUAUUCAAAUCAAAGACACAGCUUAUGGAGAGAGAUAUAUCAAGAUGUUUCAAACGCAAACGAUGAAAGCGGUUAUCUAUCGAGGUAUGAUUUUUACUUCAAUUCCAUGGAUUACAACCCGAUAGAAUAACUGAUAUUUAUUUUAUGCAGAACGCUUCAAUGUAUCGGUUGAGACACGUCCACUAGCGACUUGAACAUCCGGAUGAUGUGCUGUGAAGGUGACUACAGCCUCAAUCUGCGAGUAAUACCGAUAAGCGGAGCCGCAGACGGCGCAUACGGAUAUGUUGGAACGGUCCCUAUCAAGGAUGCCAGGUACAAUUGAUUCGUUAGGCUAUAUUCUGGAUUCAACUACACCCUUCUUCCCGCCGGUAAGGAGCACGAAGCGGAGUUUAUUCUUCUCAAAGGCAUAUUUCCAACAUGAACGGCACGGCGUUGAGGUUUCUAGCUUCCAACCAAGAGAAUCAGUUGCUGUUUUUGGAGCUGGGCCUGUUGGAUUGAUGGCCGUAUAUAGUGUGGAAGUCAGAGGAGCGGGGAAUCUUUUGUGGUGGAUAGCGUGAAGGAACGUCUGCAAGCCGCGGAGAGAAUUGGUUGUGUCGCUGUGUAUUUCACGAAAUAUGACGCGGUCGGGAAUAAAACACAAUGGUCAGAUAGCAGAUAGGAGCGUCGAUGCCGUUGGAUACAGAGCUUCUACAAAGGAUGGAAAAUUAAGAAGCUCCGAGUAGAGUUUUAUAUCAAAAUGACAAACCAACCGGUAAAUUGUUGUUCCUGGGUCAUACAUACCAAGCGAUCCCGGUGCUUCAAGUAGUAAUGCCGCGCAAGGCCUCUUAUUGAUAAGUUGGGAAAUUGUUCGAGAAGGUCAGUUUAGCGAUAUUGGCGAUAAGCUGCUACAAUCAGUCCUGGUGACAUUCCCAGGGUCUUUCACUUGACACUGGUUGAUGCAUUGUGAAGGCCGUGCAAUUAUUACCUUCGAGAUAGGAUAAUAUCAAGCGUCGUAAAGCCUUCAUUCGUUGAUUCCCACGAGAUUGGUAUUGGCGAGGCACCAGAGGCCUCUACUAAGUUUGCUUGAAAAGAGGAUGGAUAUAGCAAAGUCCUGAUUAAUCUCAAUAGUCUUGCUUCAGCGAGCAGGAUUUGAAAUUAGUAUGGAAUGUGGUGGCACACAACUUAUGACCAGUUUCGUAAAUUUUCUUGCGGCAUGCACCACAAUACACAAUCCACUAUAACUCUAAGAUUAAAAGAUAACUUGAUCUUCUUACUGCCCGUGGUUAGCUAGAUAGUUCUGAC